UUGCGAAUUGUUCUCUUCGAUGCAGCACUCGGCACGUACAGAAAGUUGCAGCAACUGUUCGAGAAGUCGCUUUGGCUGUACCGUGACGAACGUACGCGGAAGGGAGUGAAUAGGCUGAGGAAGCAGCUCGCUGCUGCUGGCGUCAAAUUUACUUCCUCAUUCCACGUCUUUUUUGUCGCGCUUGAGGUGCUGGAGCUGUGCGAGGCAUAUUUGACGCUCUGCAAUGGCCGUUCCCGAACUCACCAAUACAUCUGUUCGAAGAUCAGUACGACACGCUUCAAGGAAAUAAGGCGUCAUUACAGAGAUCUACUGUUCACCGUCCGGCACUUUCGAUGUGUUGUCGAGCUCCACGAUAAAACCCGAAUCAACAAGUGGCUUACUAAGAUCGAACAGUGCGUUCGAAAAGUGGUAUGCAUCGGUCGUAGCGAAUCUCUCCAGUGCUCGUAA